AUGCCUCGAAUCAAAAAGACCCCUAAGCGUCCGUCCGCCAUCACGCGGAUCAAAAAGAUCAAGCAUUUGGACAAGCCAAUCUUCAAGAAAAAAGGGACUACUUCUGGAAAUGUGUCUUCUAGCGUCCUUCGCGAUGAGAGAUCACUGGUGAAGGACUCGCAAACGAUAUUUAGUGACGGCGAGAGCUCGCCUCCUGCCGGAACACAAAAGCGAAAACAGCGCAUAGCAAGACAGAAGCACACAUCAGAGUUUCAGGGAGCUGACUCCGGGUCCGAAUCAGAGCGCAGGAUCGACGAGAUCCACACAUUCACGCAAAAGGUGUCGAAGAAGAGUAUGAGGACCAAAUGGGCACCGCUAUCGCCAAACGUGUCUUCUUAUCUGGACACCAUCCUUAAUCUCUAUGUUGAGCAAAGUAUUUCGCAAAUUCCAUUUAGAAGCAACAAAGAGAGAUUAGCUUUCCGAACAUUGGUGAAGGACACGAUUGUGAGGCCUCUUGCAAAGAAAAUGCGGGUGGCCCGAUUUCCUGGAGAAAUCAAAGAGCGCCUCCUUGAUCAGGAGCAAUUGGAUGAAGAAAAUAUGCGACUUGAAGCCAACUUCAGUGCAAACCUGCGUCAACUCGAAGUGCUUCGUGUUCAGGAGCAGAAAGAAGAAGCCUUGCUAGAUAGCGAGCAAAAGUAUCUUGAGCAGUUCAAGAAAUCCGUGGAGCGCCAAGAGGAGCUCAUGGCCAAAGACACUCUUCCCUACGCUGACCUGGCAGACAACUUACAGAUCUCUGAGCCCAAACUUCAACGAGUCUAUGAACACAUUGGAUAA